AUGGAGGGGUGUGUGUCUGAUGUAAUGGUCUGCAACCUGGCCUACAGUGGGAAACUGGAUGAGUUGAAGAAGAGCAUUUUGGCUGAUAUCUCUCUGGCUACUAGAACCGAUCAGGAUUGCAGAACAGCAUUGCACUGGGCAUGCUCAGCUGGUCAUACAGAAAUUGUUGAAUUCUUGCUGCAACUCGGAGUGCCAGUGAAUGAUAAAGAUGAUGCAGGUUGGUCUCCUCUUCAUAUUGCUGCGUCUGCUGGCCGGGAUGAGAUUGUAAAAGCCCUUCUGGUAAAGGGUGCACAAGUGAAUGCAGUCAAUCAAAAUGGCUGCUCUCCCCUCCAUUAUGCAGCUUCGAAAAAUAGGGGUGAGAUUGCCAUCAUGUUACUAGAAAGUGGGGCUAAUCCAGACGCUCAGGACCAUUAUGACGCUACAGCAAUGCACCGGGCAGCAGCCAAGGGUAACUUGAAGAUGCUUCAUAUCCUUCUCUAUUACAAAGCAUCCACAAACAUCCAAGACACUUCGGGGAACACUCCUCUGCACUUAGCCUGUGAGGAGGAGAGAGCAGAAGGAGCAAAAUUGCUGGUGACCAAAGGAGCAAGUAUUUACAUUGAGAAUAAAGAAGAAAAGACACCCCUGCAAGUGGCCAGAGGAGGCCUGGGUUUAAUACUCAAGAGAAUGGUAGAAAGUUAA